AUGCCUCCGUGGAGGAAGACGAAAAUAACGACUUCGGAACCCAUUCCGACACGGAGGUGCUUCGGGCAGACCACGCAUUCACGGGUGGCGGGCUAUGUCGCGCGGUCUGACGUUCGGGUUGCCUGCGACGCCGAAUCCAAAGCGCUUAGUGCCAUCCUCGAAGACACAGUCAACCUGUUCUCGGCUUUCACAAGCAGCGAGGAACUUUCACACACGCCCUGCACGUCGGGAGAUGUCAAUGGAAUUCACGUCGGGCUCAACGAUGCGGCGCUGCCCAAGGACGACCACACCUGCCCGGAUUACAGAGCUUGGGCAGCGCCAUCCUCUUCGCCUGAAGGCCUGAAGCUUAGGGCUGGGACGGGCAUGCCUCGCAUCGUCGCCGCGAAGAACCCCACCACCACUAUCUCCUCCGCACAUGCCUCUGAGAUCAUCGCGACUACCCAACAUCCUCGCCAACCUCGCCAAAAAUACCACAACUAA